ACAACCCCUUCUCCACGGACAUCCGCAACAUAAAACAUCAAUUCGGACUACUACCUCUUUGACAGUCGUUGCUUCGGACAUUGAACAAGUAGAUAUUCUAGACUUUUUCUAGCUCACCUUUUCCCAUCGGAACUCAUUACUCUACACGAACUACAUCUUCACCAAUUCAACGUCAUCUCUCUCACAAGCACGAGUCAUGUUUCUCUCAAACAGAGCGCCCGAGAAGGCCCUUCCCCGCUUCCAGACAAACACGCCACUGGAUUCAACGUUCGAUACAGAUAUUCGGGAUACGCAUCUCAUCUAUGAUUAUGAUGCCGAAGACGCGGAGGGCAACCCGGAAAAGUGGAGGUACGAAAUGUGGUUCUUUUCCGAGGACCGUGUUGUCUAUGCCAUCCACGGUGGGCCCAUGAACGGCCGCAUAAACUACCAGACGGCGACUUAUCAAUGCAUUCGACCCGGUGAACUGUGGCAGGUCAACUGGUUGGAGGAGACGGGAACGGUCUGCUCCUUGGUGUACGAUAUUCCCAAGCAGAAGAUUUCGACUCUCAUCUCAUUCUCAAGAGGGCACUGGGAGAACCCCCAGGCGGCACAUGGUGAUAAGCGCAAUCCGGGAGACUUUGCGAGAUGGAGAGUUCUCUCGAGAUUCGGAAACCAGACAGAUAGGUUCAUGUUGUCUGAACAGGCAGAUAUUGUCGAAAACUUCAAGGGAAGAGGGGAUCUUGUGCCGAUCGAGGAGCACGCGAAAACGUUCUGAGUCUGUCUGCAAUGGGCAUUGUGCUUUUAAGAUGACAACCUGUAUAACUAAGAGCCGGAGUUAAAUCAAACAACAUGCACCCUACUGUUUCCCAUCGCAAUUGGCAGUGGGAACCCUGGUGUCAAGACCAAGUUCAUUCUACCGGCACACCUUCGUUCUGCCGAUUGACGGAUCAUUCUCAACAACACAUUUCAGACCAUUGCAACAUCUCGUGAAGAAGGGAUCUUUGUCGUUGCAGAAGUCUACACUGGUCAGGAAACUGCCUGAGAAGCGAGAAGAGGCAACCGAUUAUGGCACCUGAAGACUUACUAUCAGCGGUUCUGCAGUUAUCUUGACGUUUGAACAGAUCACCUCCAUCACCGUCCAGCUAAAAUGUAUUAGUUAGACACGAAAUGUUGACUGUAUUGAUUAGGAAGGCUUACCGAGCGCGAUACGGCAGCCGAGGUAACAGCCAUGAGUACUGCAAUAACGGCGAGAGACUUCAUGGCUUUGGCUAAGAGGACUUAUGAGGAAGAAAAAUACUUUAGGACGUGAGGAAGCAACAAAGAUGAGAUUGUAGGAACGCAAGCUGUAAGGCUCUGGAAGGACUGAAUAAGCAUCUGUUUGAUGGUCAAAAAGGAUUCCUUUCGUUUGGAUGGCAGUUGUUCACUCGCUUUUUAUAUCUAUUUUCUAAGGGUCGAAUCCCCAGAUUCCUGUCAACCCAGCCCGGCAUCCUGGCUCAGGGACUUGGCAGUUUGUGGAGUCUCUACCUGCCGCGGUAUCAAGUAUGCUUGAGCAUAGUUGUCCAGAAUAGUUUGUCAUACCAAACGACCGGUAAAGUCUAAUAUCAAGC